AUGGAUAGAGAACAAGAUGAAUUGCAAUUUCUUGGGGUUUUUGGCAUCUACAAAGAAGCCUACAAAAUAGUAUUUUCACGGAGAAAAAUCUUCAGCCAAAUUACAUUAGCCUUGAUCCUCCCUUUGAGCUUCUUAUUCUUGGCGCACAUAGAACUCUCAAACAUCCUUCUCUCAAAGAUCUUCCACAACGAAAUAGUCCUUGAUGGAACAAGCACCAACAAUCCAAAGUAUGAAAAAGUAUCCGAUGCCAUAUCCUCCGAGUGGGCAACUUAUUGGAUAUUCAAAGCUGCAUACUUCACCCUCCUGCUCAUCUUCAGCCUCCUCUCCACCUCUGCCGUUGUAUACACGAUCGCGUGUAUAUACACCGAGCAAGAAAUCACCUUCAAGAAGGUGAUGAGCGUAGUCCCGAAAGUGUGGAAGCGAGUUAUGGUCACGUUCUUGUGCAUUUUCAUGGCUAUCUUUUGCUACAACAUAGUCGCUUUCCUAAUCCUAAUUAUUUGGAUACUUAUUUGGAUACUUACCGCACUUUCGAUGGCCAAAGGCGAUGCCAUUGAAAAAAUUGGGGUUUUUCUACUCAUUGUUUACUUCAUAGGGUUUGUUUACCUAACCCUAAUCUGGCAACUGGCUAGCGUGGUCUCAGUUCUUGAAGAAGCUAGAGGGAUCAAAGCCAUGGCGAAGAGCAAGGCACUACUAAAAGGAAAUAUGUGGGUGGCUACAAUCAUAUACUUUAAGCUCAAUGUUUUGGCCGCCCUUCUACAAUUUGGGUUCCAACAAUUAGUUGUGAGCGGAAGGUCAUUUGGUGUGGCUGAACGAGUAGCUUAUGGAGUUAUAAGCUUCUUGUUGCUUUCCAAGCUGGUUUUGUUUGGUCUUGUGAUCCAAACUGUGCUCUAUUUCGUUUGCAAGUCGUACCACCAUGAAAAAAUCGACAAAUCGGCGUUAUCAGAUCACCUUGAGGUUUGUCUGCUGGGGAAUUAUGUGCCUCUCAGCUCUAAGAAUGUUCAGCUUGAGCAAGUUUAA